AAACGUUGUUGCUUAGCUCGCAGUGGGACAGGCAAAGCAGAAUCUAGUGGCCUGGGCGGAACCAUCGUCAAGUUCUCUUCCCCUCUCUCCAGUUUGAGUGACACCCCCCCAUUUCCACCAUGGGCAAGAAGGGCAAAGUUGGGAAGAGCCGGCGAGACAAGUUCUAUCACUUGGCGAAGGAGACCGGCUACCGCUCCCGCUCAGCCUUCAAGCUGAUCCAGCUCAAUCGCCGCUUCCAGUUCCUGCAGAAAGCCCGCGCCUUGCUGGACCUGUGUGCUGCGCCGGGAGGCUGGUUGCAGGUGGCUGCCAAGUUUAUGCCUGUGUCCAGUCUUAUUGUGGGCGUGGACCUGGUUCCAAUCAAACCUCUCCCCAAUGUGGUGACACUCCAGGAGGACAUCACAACUGAACACUGUCGACAGGCCCUGAGGAAGGAGCUGAAGACCUGGAAGGUCGAUGUUGUGCUCAAUGAUGGGGCUCCCAACGUCGGGGCCAGCUGGGCCCAUGAUGCUUACUCACAAGCCCACCUGACGCUGAUGGCUCUGCGUCUGGCUUGUGAUUUUCUGGCUCGUGGCGGCUCGUUCAUCACGAAGGUUUUCCGCUCCCGUGAUUACCAGCCCCUGCUAUGGAUCUUCCAGCAGCUGUUCCGCCGGGUACAGGCCACCAAGCCCCAGGCCUCACGCCAUGAGUCUGCAGAGAUCUUUGUAGUCUGCCAGGGGUUCCUGGCGCCUGACAAGGUUGACAGUAAAUUCUUUGACCCCAAGUUUGCCUUCAAAGAGGUUGAAGUUCAGACCAAGACCAUUACUGAGUUGGUGACAAAGAAGAAGCCAAAGGCUGAAGGCUAUGCUGAGGGUGAUCUCACUCUCUAUCACCGGGCCUCAGUCACUGACUUCCUCCGAGCUGCCAACCCUGUUGACUUCCUCUCCAAGGCUAGCGAAAUCUCGCUGGAUGAGGAGGAGUUGGCCCAGCAUCCGGCCACCACUGAGGAUGUCCGGGUAUGCUGUCAGGACAUCAAAGUGCUGGGACGUAAGGAGCUCAGGUCCCUGCUGAACUGGAGAACAAAGCUUCGGCGAUACAUGGCUAAGAAGCUGAAAGAGCAAGCAAAGGCCCUGGACAUCAGCCUCAGCUCUGGAGAGGAAGACGAAGGUGAGGAGGAAGAGCCAAUAGCUGAGACCAGAAGGCAGUCCUCAAAGGAAGAGGAGGAGGAGGAACAAUUGAACCAAACCCUGGCAGAGAUGAAGGCCCAGGAGGUGGCGGAGCUGAAGAGGAAGAAGAAGAAGCUGCUGCGUGAGCAGAGGAAGCAGCGGGAGCGCGUGGAGCUGAAAAUGGACCUGCCUGGGGUUUCCAUCGCCGACGAGGGCGAGACCGGCAUGUUCUCCCUCCGCACCAUCCGGGGGCACCAGUUGUUAGCAGAAGUAUCACAAGGUGAUAUGAGCGCUGCAGACACAUUUCUGUCCGAUCUGCCAAGGGAUGACAUCUACAUCUCAGACACUGAGGAUGACGACGUGUCUCUGGAUAGUGACCUGGAUCAAGAGGAGCUGGCAGGAGUGGGGAGACGCCAGGUUCUAAAGGACCAAAAGCAGGUGCAGUUUGCUCAGGUAGAGGAAGAUAAAGAGGAGGAGGAGGAGGAAGAGAAUCCGCUGCUGGUGCCUCUAGAGGAGAAAGCAACAAUGCAGGAGGAACAAGCCCACCUGUGGUUCUCGAAGGACGGCUUUGCUGGGCUCGAGGAUGCUGCUGACGAGGCCCUGGAGAUCAGUCAGGCCCAGCUGGUACGUGCACGGCGGCGUGGGGAACAGGAGCAGCCCCAGGCGCCUUGUUUGAAGACCAGGGGGAAAAAAGCCCGGAAUGGAGAUGAGGCCCCAAAAGGGACAGAGGCUCAGGCCCCUUCAGUGGCAGAGUGUGUCACUCCCCCCGAGGGGGACCAGGAGGACAGCGGCUCGGAGAGCGGCAGCAGCAGCAGCAGUGAGGAAGGAGAGAGGAAACCACGAGGCGGGAAGAAGCGGGGCCGGGGCCCAGGACCAGACGAUGACGGGUUUGAAGUGGUGCCUAUUGAGGACCCGGCCAAACACCGGAUACUGGACCCAGAAGGCCUUGCUCUAGGCGCUGUCAUUGCCUCUUCCAAAAAGGCCAAGAGAGACCUCAUAGACGACUCCUUCAGUCGGUACACAUUCAACGAGGAUGAGGGGGAGCUUCCCGAGUGGUUUGUGCAGGAGGAGAGGCAGCACAGGAUAAAGCAGUUGCCCAUUGACAAGAAAGAAGUGGAGCAUUACCGCCAACGCUGGCGGGAAAUCAAUGCCCGUCCCAUCAAGAAAGUGGCAGAGGCAAAAGCCAGAAAGAAACGGCGGAUGCUGAAGAAACUAGAGCAAACCAAGAAGAAGGCAGAAGCCGUGGUGAACACAGUGGACAUCUCCGAGCGGGAGAAGGUGGCCCAAUUGCGAAGUCUCUACAAGAAGGCUGGGCUAGGCAAGGAGAAACGCCAAGUCACCUAUGUUGUAGCCAAGAAAGGGGUGGGCCGCAAGGUGCGCCGGCCAGCGGGAGUCAGGGGCCAUUUCAAGGUGGUGGACUCGAGGAUGAAGAAGGACCAGAGAGCUCAGCAGCGCACAGAACAGAAGAAAAAGCACAAACGGAAGUGAGUGGCGCCAGCCAUCCUAGGAGACAAGGACUGGGAGGCUUCCAGGCUGCCCCUCCCUCCCUUUACUCAAAUUCAGUGAGGUAGGGAUGGGGAGCGCUGGCUGUGUGAAGGGUGAGGGCAUCUUCCUGCUAGAGGGAUCCUCAGCCCUAAGGGAGGUGGGGAGCCCUGCAGCCUCCCUUGGCAAGUUCCACUAGUGGGCGAAUAAACCUCGCUGCUGCCACUGCGUGCUGCAGUGCUCCAAGUCACGUGUGGUGUGUGCAGUAGAAAUGACAGACAGCCCACUGGUCUCAGUAGUAAAACAUUUACUAGAGCAAGCAGAAAGGAAUGCACAUCUUAAAAGAAACCACAAAGUCACAAAAUUGGAAUUUUGUAUAUUUCUUUUCCUCAUAUAAACAAAAAAAUCAUUGAAAUCAUUUCAGCAAAAGGUUGUUCUACCGUGGCAAGUAAAAAAAACAAACAAAAGGAGAUUCUUUAUUGUCUUUAAAACGGUUGUUUGUAGCUGCUCAGACCAGAGCCUUGCUGGAUGCCCACCUCCCUCCCUUCCAUCAGGCUUCAGAGCCAAAGCCUCCCUCUGGACAGCUGCUGUCGCCCACAAGUCUCAGGGCUCAUGGCCAGGGAACUAGAGCACCAGCCCCACUUAGAAGCAGACAUCUCUCUUCCCUGCAAGGUCUGCAUCUCACCUCAUCCCUUCCCCACACUUUGGAAGCCAACUCUUAAAAUAAUUUUACCUGUAGGUGCUUACAAGGUGACAUUUUAAGUAGAAAAUAGAAGCUACAUGUAAUAUAAACCUUGAAUGAAUUUCGUGCCUGUGAGGCCCUUUCCUUCCCAAAGUGUCCUGAAUAGACUCUCGUGAUAAUGCACCAGAACCAGGAGCUUCCUGGCUUCUCCAGCCUCCAAGGGCCAACAGCUUCUCAAGGAGAUGAAAGGGCAAAAAGGAUUUAGACAAAGGGUUUGGCCUCCAAGCUCCGGCUCCAAUUAGCAAGGAAUCCCCUGCCCUGGGCUCUGCUCCGCUCUAGCCCUGAGACAGCUAGUUACCAAAACCUUUCUAAAAAUAAAGUUAAAGAAUGA